AUGAAAUUAGAACGCGUUCUGUGGAUUGCAGGGUUUGGUAUUGCUGUUCAAGCAUGCCAUCCAGUCUUUGACAUGUGCAUGAACACGGCCAAGCUCGCUAUUGCUUCGUGCCAACAAGAUAAUGCAUGCAAAUGUAGUGCUGAGAAACAGCUGCUUGCCUGCUAUGCGGAAUGCCCCGAAAGUGCAGAGCUUUCCCAGCAGCAAAUGAGCAAAGUGGCCAAAGUGUGUAAUGAUCCUGAAGCAGAAGCUGAGAGCAAUACACCCUUCGGUGGAAUCUUGAUACCUGCCAACGUGCAAGCAAAUCCAUCAAAGCAAGAUCAAUCAGAGCAAAACGAUAACCAUAAUAAUGAGUCCUCAUCAUCAUCAUCAUCACACAAUGAGCAGCAUAAUAAUGGUGGUGAUGGUGAUGAAUCAAAGGAGAAAUCAGUGCAUGCAGCAUCAAUUCCCAAGCCUAUUCACACGCUUCCACCCGAAUUGUCGCCCUCUCAUGAAGAUGUGGCAGUUAGUAAUGAAGAAUCAUCAUCGAAUCAUGUAUUCCAAGUCAGUGCAGGUUUCAUGCUCAUCGCCACUGCAUUUGGAUUUCUCGUUCAUGCUUGA